CGUCACGCUCGCUCCUCCCCGCGCGUCCCCGAUCAACCUCCAGCAGUUCCACCGCUCACCGUCCGCUCGGCCAAAGUGUCCCCGUUACCAGCCCCUCAUCGCCUGUUAAACUCGAUCAGACCACGCGCACGGGAGCCGAACCCGAUGGCCUCGACGACUUCUGACGGCUCCGAGCGAGAGUCGCCGAACCCGAGCGAACAAAACGGCGACGGGAGCGAAUCGGGCCUGCGCGGCGCCGACGAUCAGGAACCGGCCGUUAAGAUGGACGCGAUCGGCGAAGAACAAAGCCCGGAUGGAGCCACGAGGGGAGACGAUGGCGACACGGAAGCCGAGAAGGAGCAGGAAAAGAGUCCCGGGAGCGCGGAAGAGACCGCGGAGCCGCUGAAGACAGAACAAAGGGAGGAGGAGAGCGCGUGCUCCCCCGCGGACAAGAGCGCUGACGGCGGCGGCGCGAUGAAACGACGCGCGAGUCUGGAGCUGAGCUCGUCCUCCGAUGGAGAGCCGCUCAGCCGCAUGGACUCUGAGGACAGUAUCAGCAGUACUUUAAUGGACAUGGAGAGCAUCGCGUCCAGUGGGCGUUCCACUCCAGCGAUGAUGAACGGUCACGCCGGGGCAUCUUCCUCCUCAGUGAAGGGAUCGUCUUACACCUGCUGCUGGGAUCAGUGUCACAUGCUGUUCAACACCAGUCCGGACCUGGCAGAACACAUCCGCGGAGUACACGUAGAUGGCCAGCGUGGAGGGGUGUUUGUGUGUCUUUGGAAAGGCUGUAAGGUGUAUAACACACCAUCCACCAGUCAGAGCUGGCUACAGAGACACAUGCUAUCGCACAGCGGAGACAAGCCAUUCAAGUGUGUGGUAGGCGGCUGCAAUGCCACCUUCGCAUCACAGGGGGGGCUGGCGCGUCACGUCCCGACCCACUUCAGCUCCCAGAAUUCCUCCAAACUCUCCAGUCAGGCCAAAGUAAAAGAGGAGUCGCCUUCCAAAGCGGGCAUCAACAAACGAAGGAAACUCAAGUACAAACGCAGACGCUCAUUGCGUACGUAUCAGAGGACUCAAUCUGACAGUUAUGGCUGUUCUGUGGUCAGAGCGCGGCCUCACGACUUCUUUGACGCUCAGACCAUGGAUGCGAUCCGUCAUCGUGCCAUCUGCCUCAAUCUGGCAACCCACAUUGAGAGUCAGGGCAAGGGCCACAGUGUUGUGUUUCACAGUACGGUGAUCGCCAGGCGAAAGGAGGAUUCUGGGAAGGUCAAGGUGCUUCUUCAUUGGAUGCCGGAGGACAUACUUCCAGAUGCUUGGGUUAGCGAGGGUGAUCGUCAACAGCUAAAGACCAAAGUGGUCCAUCUUUCUCAGCUUCCUCAGGACACGGCAGAACUGUUGGACCCCAACAUCUACAGGAUGUAUUUCUAGAGGACUGGGUGGGAGGGGAGACUUCUGUCA